AUGGCUGUAAUUGACGAGAAACAAGGCGCAAACAGCGGUGAUGCCGAAGCGGGAGUCACCAAACCUGCUCACAAUGAACAACCCCCCAUCGAUACCAAAGCCCAGAAAAGACUCAUCUGGAAGCAAGAUAUCCGAAUACUACCCCUUUGCGCAUCAAUUUACUUCCUCUCAUUUCUCGACCGCUCCAACAUCGGCAAUGCCAAGAUCCUCAACUCAUCCACCCACGAUGACAUGCAGACCGCCACAGGCAUGACGGACUACCAAUUCAACAUUGCACUGAUGGUAUUCGUCGUUGCAUACGCCAUAUUCGAAGUCCCCUCCAACAUCUUGCUGAAAAAGCUGCGUCCCAGCCGAUGGCUGGCAUUUCUGAUGUUUUGCUGGGGCGCUCUAACUAUUUGCUUAAGCGCGGGGAAGAACUUUGGCGGUGUAACUGCGUUGAGAUUCCUUCUCGGGACGUUUGAAGCGGGUUUGUUCCCGGGAUUAGUGUACUAUUUGACAUUUUGGUAUAGACAUAAUGAACGGAGUGUUAGGGUGGCUUUUAUUCUUGCCUCGGCUACGUUGGCUGGUGCUUUUGGGGGAGCAAUUGCCUACGGAAUAGGCCACAUCAACGGUGCCCAUGGUCUUCGCGGCUGGCAAUGGCUCUUCAUCAUCGAGGGCGUGCCUUCGUGCGUUUGCGCCGUCCUCGUUUUCUUCCUCCUACCCGAUUACCCCGAGACAGCGAGCUGGCUUAGCAAGGCGGAACAAGAUCUCGCUGUGCAAAGACUUGUACACGAGGGCAGUAAGGGAACACAACCAGCUAUGACAUGGGCUGAUGCCAAGGCUACCCUGACGGAUUGGCGACUGUACGGCCAUUACGCCAUCUACUUUGCCAUCAGUCCUGGCUUUGCGAGCUUGAGUUUGUUUUCGCCAUCGAUUGUAUCAGGGCUGGGGUAUCAGGACCUCCAAGCCCAGCUAUUUACAGUUACACCAUGGGCAGUUGCUUAUGUUUGCCAACUAGUAGUCGCAUAUUCAGCAGACCACUUCAAUGCCCGCGGCUUACACACCGCGGGAGCAGCAACCGUCGCCGCGAUAGGCUUCAUUGUUUCAGCUGUCCUGCCCCCGACGUCUUAUUCAUCAAGAUACGGCGGCCUUAUCCUCGCUACGUCCGGCGCGUUUUCAGCCAUCCCUCCUCUUCUGGGUUGGCUUUCGUCGAAUAUGUACAGCACAGCAGCUACGGGACUAGCUAUCGCCAUCAAUGUCAGCUGCGGCGGAGGGUUGGGCCAGAUUCCUGGUGUUUGGAUAUACAAGGCGAGCGAAAAGAGCAAGGGAUAUCCCACAGGGCACUGGACGAAUGCCGCCUUUCAGAUAUUUGUUGCUGUUGCCUCUGUUGGAUUAUGGAUGUUUUAUCGGCUCAAAAAUAGGAAGUUGAGUGAAGAGGCACGGAGGAAUGGCGUCGAGGCGACGCUCUUCAAACUGUGA